AUGAGUACAUCUCCGCCGCUGAGCCAGGGCUUUGGCUAUGGUAUUGUCAUCGGUUUAGGUUUUGCCUUCUCCUUUGGUAUGAUCUUGACGACCUUCGUCUUGAAGAGAUACAAUUAUGAGCUCCAGACUUCGGAAAUGUUCUCAACCGCUGGCCGUACAGUCAAAUCAGGACUCGUAGCCUCAGCUGUAGUAUCAUCUUGGACCUGGGCGGCCACACUUCUCCAAUCCAGCGCUGUCGCCUAUCGAUAUGGUGUAUCUGGACCUUUCUGGUACGCCUCCGGAGCGACUGUCCAGAUCAUUCUGUUCGCUACCAUUGCUAUUGAGCUGAAGCGAAGAGCCCCCAACGCACAUACGUUUCUUGAGGUUAUCAGGGCUCGCUAUGGCGCCGUAACCCAUAUCGUUUUUAUGGUCUUCGGCCUCUUUACCAACAUCCUUGUUACUUCCAUGUUGUUGACGGGAGGCUCUGCUGUGGUAACAUCGCUCACUGGCAUGCACACUGCUGCUGCAUGUUUCCUAUUACCUGUUGGUGUGGUGCUCUACACCAUGUUUGGAGGUAUCAAGGCCACCUUCUUGACUGACUAUGCACACACUGUAGUCAUUCUGAUCAUCCUCCUAAUGUUCGCUUUCACCGCAUAUGCGACCAACGAGAAUCUGGGAAGCCCUGGCAAAGUAUUCGACCUAUUGGUACAAGCUGCAUCAGAUCACCCAGUUGAAGGAAAUGCCGGUGGUUCUUACCUGACCAUGCGCUCGAAAGAAGGUGCAAUCUUCUUUGUGAUCAAUAUCGUUGGUAACUUCGGUACCGUGUUCUGCGACAACGGUUACUACAACAAAGCCAUUGCUGCCAGCCCUGUUGAUGCGCUUCCCGGAUACAUCAUGGGUGGUCUGUCAUGGUUCGCAAUUCCUUGGCUAGCUGCCACCACAAUGGGUCUCAGUGCCAUCGCCCUGGAGAACAACCCUGUUUUUCCAGGCUAUCCCAAUCGCAUGGCUGAUGCUGAUGUGACAGCCGGACUUGUAUUGCCCACCGCCGCUGUUGCAUUGAUGGGAUCAGGAGGAGCGGCAGCAGUGUUACUUCUCGUCUUUAUGGCAGUCACCUCGGCAAUGUCCGCAGAACUAAUUGCUGUGUCCUCUAUCUUUACAUAUGAUUUCUACCAGACUUACAUGAAUCCCAAAGCUACUGGAAAGCAACUCAUCUACAUGUCACACACCAUGGUCGUAGGCUUCGCCGUCGCAAUGGCAGCCUGGAGCACCGGACUCUACUACAUUGGCAUCAGCAUGGGCUACCUAUAUCUUCUCAUGGGCGUGAUAAUCUCGUCCGCUGUCCUCCCCGCCACCCUCACACUAAUGUGGUCAAAGAUGAACUGGGUAGCAGCAACCUUUACUCCACCCCUCGGUUUCGCGUGCUCCCUAAUCGCCUGGCUCGUCACCGCCCAAAAGGAAAGCGGCGAACUAACGGUUCUCACAACCGGCGCCAAUAACCCCAUGUUAGCAGGCAACGUCGUCGCUCUCCUAUCGCCCAUCAUCUUCAUACCCGUGUUCACGUACGGGUUUGGCCCCCAGAACUACGACUGGCAAAGCAUGAAGGCCAUCCGCCGAGGCGACGACCACGAUCUCGCUCUCGCUGCCAACGUCGAUAUAGAAUGCAUACCCGGCGAACAACGGCGCGCCAUCGAGGCCGACGAGGAGGAACAGGCCAAACUACUCAAAGCAUCGCGCAUCGCGCGCUGGCUAACGCUCUUCAUGGCAAUCUCUUUCCUCAUACUCUGGCCUAUGCCCAUGUACGGAUCUUCGUACAUCUUCAGCAAGAAGUUCUUCACAGGCUGGGUUGUAGUGGGGAUUCUGUGGAUGUUUUGUUCGUGUUUUGCGGUGGGGUUGUAUCCGCUUUGGGAGGGGAGGAAGACUAGUGUUAGGACUUUCAAGUCCAUGUGGGCGGACGUUACUGGUAGGAAGAAGCCAGGGAAGGGGCCGCAGAUUGUGGAAGGUCAAGGGUCAGAUACACCACCUGAGACGAUGGAGGAGAAGAUGGUGAAGGAGUAA